AUGGCCAGUCCACCUGCGACCACCACUGAGAUUAUCCAACUCACAGCCCCAUCACAUUUCCCUAUCAAACUCACCCCUUCGAACUUUUCUGUCUGGAGGCGCCAGGUCCAAUCCACGUUGAUUGGCUUCAAUCUUCUCGGCUUCAUUGACGGCUCUGUCAAAGAACCAGCCGCGUUUAAUGAUUCUGCUCGCACAGUCGCGAACCCAGCUCAUCUUGUCUGUUAUGCUUGUGCCACUCGAGGACGAAUCAUUUCCCUCAAGGCCAAGCUCACGAAAAACCCGAGAGGCGUUCGGUCUGUUACCGCCUAUCUCAAUGAUAUGCGUUCCAUAGCUGAUGAACUUGCUUUGGCUCAGUGUCCGGUCUCCGAUGAAGACCUUGUUGUCUACGUUUUGACUCAAUUAGGAGAGGAGUACAACUCUAUCAUGUCAGCUGUUCGAAUUUGUGAAAUUCCAAUUUCCUUGGGAGAAUUAGCAGACAUUCUCACUGAUCAUGAACGCCAACUAAAAGACGCCGAUGAUGCUCGUCAGUCCUUAAUGGCCAGUGCUAAUAUUACUCAACACGGUUCUUUUGGUUCUCGUAAUCAACAGUCUGCGUCGAACCGAAGGUCCCGAAAUGUUUCUGAUCACCAAGCAUUACUUUCAUUCAAGGCCAAUAUGAACGGAGAUCCUCUUCAAUCAUGGAAUGAGUCUACCCAUUUCUGUAAUUGGGUUGGAAUAACUUGUGGUCGCAAACACCAACGAGUUGUAACAAUCCAUUUGGAGUCGAGCAACCUUCAAGGCUCUUUGUCCCCUGCAAUUGGGAACUUGAGUUUUCUUAGAGAAUUGAGGCUUUACAAUAACACUCUAUCAGGUAUAAUUCCUAAUGAGAUGGGUAGACUUAGAAGAUUAAGUGUGUUGGAUCUGGAAAGUAAUGUAUUUUCAGGUGAAAUUCCAAAAAACCUUUCACAUUGUAAACCACUUGAUGGGAGAGAUACCAGCUUACAUAGGCAAUUUUUCAUCACUCAAGGCGAUAACUACCUGAGUUCUACCAUUCCCAUAUCCAUGUUCAAUCUGUCAUCAUUGGUAACUUUUGAUGUACAAGGAAAUAAACUUGAGGGAUAUCUUCCUUCAAAUUUAGGCUCUACGCUUCCAAAUCUACAUUAUUUUAAUAUUGGUUAUAAUCUUUUAAGAGGGCGACUUCCCAUCUCAAUGUCAAAUGCCACAGCACUACACCAUUUUGAUGUUCGUCAUAAUGAUUUUUAUGGAGGGGUACCGUCAUUUAGUGGACUUAAAAGACUAAAAUAUUUUGUACUUUAUGACAAUCCGCUUGGUAAUGGAAAAUCCACUGAUAUGGAUUUCAUGUCUUCUCUUCUCAAUAGUACUGCUACACUAGAGACCCUGUAUCUUGAUAACUGCAAUUUUGGAGGGGUUUUGCCCACAUUCAUAGCAAACUUUUCACAUCUUCAGAGUUUUAGCAUUGCAGAAAAUGUCGUAAGUGGUACUAUUCCCAGUGGAAUUUGUCUUCUUGUUAACUUACAAUACCUAGACUUAUCAGAAAACCAGCUUGGCGGUACUAUUCCAAGCUCAUGGGGAAGCCUUCAACAACUCAUUGGUUUAAGGCUGGAAGGAAACAAAUUGUUUGGUGAGAUUCCAAUUUCAUUAGGAAAUCUGUCCAUUCUUAGUGAGCUUUACCUACAAUCCAAUGAGUUGCAAGGUACUAUACCCAUAAGUUUUGAAAAUUUCAAGUAUUUGUUAGCAUUAGAUCUUUCCAGAAACAAACUCCAAGGAAAUUUUCCCAAAGUUAACCUCACAUCACUUGUGCAUUUAGACGUCUCUCACAAUCACUUUACAGGUCCUCUUCCUGUAGAGAUUGGUGGGUUCAAAAAUUUGCUGUCACUGAACCUCUCAAAUAACAUAUUCUUAGGAACACUUCCAAGUACCAUUGGUGCAUUGAGUAGCUUGAUUGAACUCAACAUCAGUCAUAAUCUAUUCCAUGGAUUUAUCCUUCCUUCUUUCAGUUCUUUAAAAAGCCUAGAAAUUUUAGAUUUAUCUUGUAAUAACCUCACAGGAAAAAUACCAGAAUUUCUAGGUGAACUUCAGUACUUGAAGUGGUUGAAUUUAUCAUUUAACCAUUUGGAAGGCAAGAUACCUACAGAAGGGAUUUUUAAACACAAGGCUAAAGUUGAGCUUGUUGGUAACAACCUUUGUGGAGGUAUUCCACAAUUUGGGUUGCCAAUAUGCCCAAGAGAAGGGGAAAGACAACAUUUGUCCCAUAUUCAAAAGUUGGCAAUUUUAUUUUCGAGUGGGACUUUGAUUCUGCUGAUAAUUGUGGCUCUCAUUGUGUUCACCUACAAGCAGAAGAAAAAGCAGGCUUUAACGUUGGAUGCAGCAACAGAGUUCAUGCCUAAGUUGUCAUAUUGGAGUAUACAGAAGGCAACUAAUGAAUUUUCUAAAUCCAGCAUAAUUGGUUUUGGAAAAUUCAGCACCGUUUACAAAGGCAUUCUUGAUGGUAGUUUGGGAAUUGUUGCAAUUAAAGUGUUCAAGCUUCAAGUAAGAGGAGCAUCCAAGAGCUUUUCGGUGGAAUGUGAAGCAUUGAGGCAAAUUAGGCACCGAAACUUGGUAAAAGUUUUGACCACUUGUUGUAGUAUCGACCAUGAAGGUAAUGACUUCUUGGCCAUUGUCUAUGAGUAUAUGAUUAAUGGUACUCUGGAUAAUUGGUUGCACAAUCACUCAAAAGACACAGGAGAGAAUAAUGAUUCAAAGAGUUUGAACUUGUUACAGAGGAUAAAUACUGCAAUUGAUGUGGCAAAUGCACUUGAUUAUCUCCAUAAUCAAUUGGAGACAGGUUUAAUACAUUGUGAUUUGAAGCCAAGUAAUAUUUUGUUGGAUGGAGACUUAGUUGCUCACGUGGCUGAUUUUGGAUUAUCAAAGUUUCUUCCCACGGAAGUUACAUCUAACCAAGCGAGUUCAUCUAUAGGAAUAAAAGGGACUUUUGGAUAUGCAGCUCCAGAGUACGGGAUGGGAAGUGAUCUAUCAACAUUUGGUGAUAUGUAUAGCUAUGGAAUUCUUUUGCUAGAGAUAUUUACUAGUAAAAGUCCUACUAGUGAUAUCUUCAAUAAUGGUUUAACUCUUCAUAAUUAUGUUAGACUGAGCAUGCUUGAGCAAGUCACUGAGAUUGUAGAUCCAACGCUAUUCCAUAAUGAAGCUAACGCAACACCUAAAAGUCUUGUACUUCAGAACCAGAUAAUAGAAUGCCUUGUAUCAAUUCUUAAGAUUGGAAUAGCUUGUUCCUUGGAGUAUCGAUUCAUGCAUAUUUCCAUUCAAAUAUUCAUUUCAUUGUUCCUAAACAAAUGCAUCAGAUAA